UUAAUUGCUUACAUUAUCCACUACCUUGAGAGAUGAAAUACUACAGAGAGUCAUUGAAUGCAACUGUGCAAGCUUGAGGCAAACUUAGCCACAGCCGACUAGUUAGUUAUGGAAGACUAUGGCAAUUUUUAUCUGGUCGUUGUGGGUGGAGUGAUCUUGUGGACAAGUGCCUUCUUGUUAACAAGAAAGAUGUUCCCAAAAUGGUCAUUUAAUUUGUGUAAACGUAUGGUUUCCACAAUUCAUGCUGUUUUUGCAGUCAUCUUGUGUUCUAUAUCUGUUCAAGAUUGGAGAUGCCCCGUAUGUCCCUUGGCUUCAAACUCUUCCCCUCUUCAGAUGAGAAUUUUAGAACUCAGUCUUGCUUAUUUCAUCUAUGAUUUAGUAUGUUGUUGGCUCGACAAUAAUAUAGGUAUCGAUAAUUUGGCUCAUCAUUUAGUUAGCAUUGUUGGAAUUGGAGCAGGUCUUGCUUAUGAAAUGUGUGGAUCAGAAAUUGUGGCUACAUUGUUGAUCACCGAGAUAUCGAGUCCAUUUCUCCAUUUAAGAGAGCUUCUCAAAGAACUUGGUUAUAAAAACACUCUUCUCAAUUUAGCAGCUGAUGUUUCAUUUGCGGUGAUUUUCACACUUGCAAGAAUGUGUGUUGGACCAUAUCUCUGUUAUGUUACAAUGUCUGCCAAGAAUCCUAUUCUCAUCAAGGCAGUGGGCAUGGGACUUCAGUUAGUGAGUGCUUUUUGGUUCUACAAGAUUGCAAAAGUGGUGAAAUACAAAUUGAUUACAAAAUCCACAUUCAAAACCUGUUAAAUCAAGCCCAUUAAUGUAUUGAAGUUUUUAGACCCGUUUUAAAGAGGCCAUAUGAAUUUAGCAAUUUAAUUA